GAAGGGCACGUACAGGAUCCUGCAGUUGUCAGAGGAAGACACAAAAGGAAAGGGAGCCCUGUCCUGUGUAGAAGUCACACCUGUUAGAGAAGAAAGGCAGAGGAAGAAAGACAGGUAGAGAGAGCCCUGAGGCGAGUGAGAGCUGAAUGGACAGAGGGGAAGCACAGGAAACGAGACUCAAGCUGGGCCCUUGGAGACCGGGAAGCAAGGAUGGAUCAGGCACCAAGUCCACCCAGCUGCUUUGGGACCUCAGAUCUCAUACCUUGGACUGGCAUGUGUCUCAGAUCCAUUCAUGUAUUCUCAGACACACAGUCCUUCAUUAUCAUCAGAUAAGUGUGCCUGAGCUCAGACACACCACUGUGCUGAGUGUACUCCUUCACACAGGCUACAUUCCCGGUGUGUGGGUCCUACCCUCUCACUAGCACUGUGACCGUGGGCAAGUUAGUUAAUCUGAUCCUCUGCUUUCUAUAAAGUGGGAAAAAUAAUACAUCAUUGUGUCAUUGGAGUCCAGUGGAGGGUGUAGGAAGAGCUGUCCUGGGGACGCAUUCAAGCAAAUCCAUCCUGUUUCCUGUGGCUCCAGCCACAUUGAGUUGUCAAUGAAACAGAGACACCCAAGAGUUCAGAGACAUCCUGCUGUCCUCUGGCUCCAGGCACCAGGUCGCACUGGGCCCCAGAAAGAAGGCUACACAUUCAUUGAGCUAAGCAUUUUUGCUAGGAGACAAGAGAUAGCCCUAAAAUAACCCCAUCCAUCCAUCCAUCCAUCCAUCCAUCCAUCCAUCCAUCCAUCCAUCCAUCCGUUGAACGAGUGCCUACUCUGAGCCAGCAGUGUAUUAAAUGGUAGAGGCAGAAACAAAGAAUUAUGACAUGUGACCCCUGCCGUUUAGGUAGCCGUGGUGUGGGAAGCAGAGUGCUGCAGUGGAACAAGCAUAGACUUUUGGAGCCAAGAGGCCCACGUUUAAUUCCUAGCUCCAUCAUUCACUAGUAUAUGGCCUUGAAACUGUGCGUGUGUGUGGGGGGGGUGUGUGGUGGCCAACCGAGUCCGGAGCACGUGCUGCCUGAGCCGCUCAGCCAACAGACCAACACAGGAGUUGGACCAUAGAAUAAACGUUUAUUAUCAGAGCACCGGUGGUCAGAGAAGGCAGCGGGUUAACACCUUCAAAGCUGCCUUAACAUUCUCAGACCAGCUUGGGAUAUUUAGGGGAAAAUCAGGGCAUUCUCCCAGAGAUUGCAUGACAUCCUGGAGGUCUGUUCUUCUUUCAUGAUGCCCCUCUCUGUCAUUGCAACUCUUUGGUGGCAUCAGGGAUCUGGGAACGGUGAGGGGAGUAACCUGGGAAGAAGAUAGAGUUUGUAAUUAGCAAGCAUACCGACAUUAAUUAUGUGCUACAGGGUAAUCUUCUAAGAUGAGCGCACGGGGGCAGGGCACCCUCCCCCAUCCCGGAGGCAUUCUGAGCUCAAGCUGCAGGGCUUCUAUUACAGGGGUCCCAGCUGGGCCCCUGCUUCAGCCUUAGGGCACGUCACUUCCGUUCACCCCAAUGUUGUCAUCUGUAAAAUGGGGCUAAUAAUUCCUACAUUUCAAAGUUCUUGUGAGGAUUAAAUGGGGUAACAUGCAAAGCACCUAGCCCGAGUUAGACGCUCAAGAAAUAGGUUUCAUGCCAGGCCCUUUAAAAGCAGGCAUGAGGUUAGAAGAUGAGAAGAUUCUAUGGGGUUCAUGGUUCUCACUACAGCAAGAUAACUCAUUCAUUUGACCAUGUUUCAUCUUGUCUCUGGACCUUCCCAGUAUGGAAACAGCCCAGUCUUAGGAAGGCUUUCCAGGUAAUUCCGGGAUUCCUACCUUUCGCACAGAUGGGGGUCUCCGGCCUCCAGGAGUUUACCGAUUGGUCUGAAUACCCAGUGGGGUUGGGGGGACUUGAGCAUGGGAGGGCUCAAGGUUAAAGGGAGGUCAGGUCAAGCGAGGUAACUGUUCUCCUCCAAGGCGAAGGAGAAGGGACAAGACUGCUGGGCCGUGCGUAUCCCCAGGUCCUCGCAGAAAGCCUGACACAUUGUGGCACGAAAUAAAAUUUUUAAAUGAAUGAAAUGAGCUAGGAAAUUCACGCUCUCCUAGUCUGAUUGUCUUUGUUCUCGCUCCCCUUCGUGGAGAGCCUGGGUGUUUUGUUCUGGAAUAGCUGCAGCAGGUACUCUCAUGGACUUUGGUGUCCCUUCUGCAGUAAGCUCCACCAUUGACACAUGGUGGCCCGACAUGUGGGGGCAGGGCAGAUGCAGCAGUGCAGGUCACAUCACCCCAGGUGAGCACUGGGGGGAGGGGACUAGAAUGUGAGUUCUGGCUGGGGCCAUGCCCUGCUCUGCCUGAGCUGACCCCCAGCCUGCCUCCUGCUUUCCUGGAGGCAAAGGUCUGAGAACUGAGACUCGCUCUGGCUUCCUCUUGAUGGGGAACCCCACAGAAGGUGCUGAGAGGGGCCGAGAGACAGUGAGAGGGGGGCGCCUGAUGGAAAACUACAGACUGAGAUUCUCACUUCACACCCAGCCCUGCUGGGAAGUUCUAAAAUACAAAGGGGAAGCUCAUGCGGAGGGAAAUUUCCCUUUUCUCCCCACAACUUCCCCUCCUCCACACCACCUUGACCUGAAAGAGACCGUGCCUAUUCUGAAUGAAUGGCCUUGGGACAGUCCUGUGUCCAGCACCGUGAGGGCACGCUCGGGAAUAGUGACGAGGACCCUGUCCUGGAUAAGCUCACUGGGCACGUAGCACGGGACGGACAUACACACUUAUUCAGUACAAUUCCCCACUGACAGCUGCCAGGCAAUCAAGCACGUCCCAGCUGUAUGCCUUAGUGCUGGGAGGUCACUAGAGCGUUAUUACGUUGCCUAGGACCAGACACUCCAUCAUCCCAGCCCUGCUUCCAGAGGACCCACAGCAAGUACUGACUACUCCCCUGAAAAACCUGUGUUAUCCUUAGCACUAUACCCUAUUGUCUUCAGCCUUUACAGCAGCUCAGUGAAGUGGGUAUUGUUAUCUACCUUUUACAGAUUAAUAAACUGAGGCCGACAUGAUCGGUAAAUGACAAAAGGAAGGGUUCAAACUCAAGUCUGUCUGACUGCAAACCUGUGUUCUUUCCAGAUUGGGCUCUUUGAGGUGUGCUCUGGGCACUUUUCUCUAGGAAAAUCCCAAGGAAAAGGGUAGUGGUGGUGAAGGGCCAGAGCCUGCCUUGAAACCACAGAGGCAGGUACUUGGUGGAAAACUCCAGCAUCUGAUUCACCCUCCUCCCGUGCUUGUCACUGGCGCCAACGCCCCUUCUGAGUUUCUCAGUUCCCAGCCGGGAGUUGGUGGCUCCAUCCUACUGCUCUACUAAAAGAGGGCUUGUCCUCUGCCUGUACAUCCUGACCUCCUCGUCCUCGGAAGGAGCCAGUACUGAUACCAGGAGGGGGCAAGGGAGGCUGUGUGAAGCCCAGAGAAGAGGUGUGAUUUGCCUAAGGUCACACAGCAAGUGAGAGACUCAACUCGACCACUUAUUGUAUUGGCUGUGCCCAUCUCACGAUCCUGCCCCGUUCCCAGCUCGGCGGCUUCCCAAUCCAUUACAUGGCUAUGGACAGAAAAAUGGCAGUCCCUGAGGAUGGGCCUCCCGUGGUCUCCUGGGUCCCUGAGGAGGGAGAGAAGUUGGACCAGGUGAAGGAUCGGGGCCAAUGGACCAACAAGAUGGAGUUUGUGCUGUCAGUGGCCGGGGAGAUCAUUGGGCUGGGCAAUGUCUGGAGGUUUCCCUAUCUCUGCUACAAAAACGGAGGUGGAGCUUUCUUCAUCCCCUACUUCAUUUUCUUCUUCACCUGCGGCAUCCCUGUGUUCUUCCUGGAGGUGGCGUUGGGCCAGUACACCAGCCAAGGAAGCGUCACAGCCUGGAGAAAGAUCUGCCCUCUCCUCCAGGGCAUUGGUCUGGCGUCUGUGGUCAUUGAGUCCUAUUUGAACAUCUACUACAUCAUCAUCCUCGCCUGGGCCCUCUUCUAUCUGUUCAGCUCCUUUACCUCUCAGCUGCCCUGGAUAACCUGUACCAAUACCUGGAACACAGAGCACUGCAAGGACUUUCUGAACCACUCGGGAGUCAACACAGUGACGCCCUCUGAGAACUUCACGUCACCUGUCAUGGAAUUCUGGGAGAGACGUGUUCUGGGCAUUACCUCAGGUAUCCACGACCUGGGGGCCCUGCGCUGGGAGCUGGCCCUGUGCCUCCUGCUUGCCUGGGUCAUCUGCUACUUCUGCAUCUGGAAGGGGGUCAAGACCACGGGCAAGGUGGUUUAUUUCACAGCCACGUUCCCCUACCUGAUGCUGGUCAUCCUAUUGAUCCGAGGCAUCACGCUUCCCGGAGCCUAUGAGGGCAUCAUCUAUUACCUGAAGCCAGAUUUGUCUCGUCUGAAGGAUCCCCAGGUGUGGAUGGAUGCGGGCACGCAGAUCUUCUUCUCCUUCGCCAUCUGCCAGGGGUGCCUGACGGCCCUGGGCAGCUACAACAAGUACCACAACAACUGCUACAAGGACUGCAUUGCCCUCUGCUUCCUGAACAGUGCCACCAGCUUUGUGGCCGGCUUUGUGGUCUUCUCCAUCCUGGGCUUCAUGUCUCAAGAACAGGGGGUGCCCAUCUCUGAAGUGGCCGAAUCAGGUCCUGGUCUGGCCUUCAUUGCAUUCCCCAAGGCUGUGACAAUGAUGCCCUUAUCCCAGCUGUGGUCCUGCCUUUUCUUCAUCAUGCUCAUCUUCCUAGGGCUGGACAGCCAGUUUGUCUGUGUGGAGUGCCUGGUGACGGCCUCCGUGGACAUGUUCCCUCGGCAGCUCCGGAAGAGUGGGCGGCGAGAGCUCCUCAUCCUCGUCAUCGCCGUCACGUGUUACCUGAUAGGGCUCUUCCUGGUCACCGAGGGCGGAAUGUAUAUCUUCCAGCUGUUUGAUUAUUACGCCUGCAGCGGCAUAUGCCUGCUCUUCCUCGCAAUGUUUGAAGUGAUCUGCGUCAGCUGGGUGUAUGGGGCAGACCGUUUCUAUGACAACGUUGAGGACAUGAUUGGCUACCGGCCGUGGCCCCUGGUGAAGAUCUCCUGGCUCUUCCUGACCCCUGGGCUUUGCCUGGCCACUUUCUUCUUCUCCUUGACCAAGUACACACCUCUCAAAUACAACAACAUCUAUGUGUACCCUGCCUGGGGAUACUCCAUCGGCUGGUUCCUGGCUCUCUCCUCCAUGGUCUGCGUCCCACUCUUUAUCGUCGUCACCCUCCUGAAGACCCAGGGUUCCUUCAAGAAGCGCCUGAGACAGCUCAUCACCCCUGACCCCAGACUGCCACAGCCCAAGCAACACCUAUGUCUGCAUGGAGGCACCAGCCAGGACGGUGAGCCCUCCCCAGUGAAGGAGGGACUGACAACUGGGAAGAAAGAGACCCACUUAUAGGAUGUGGCUGGAAGCAAAGUGACUAGUCAGCCAAGAACCUGGGUCAGGGCCACCUUCUCCCCGCAAUGGACAGCCCUCACCUUUGUCUCCACCACAGCCCUGCUGAGAGCCUCUGCAGUGUCUGUGGGCACCCCCAGCCGGAGGCCAGACUCCUCUCCUCUCCUCAGUUGGAACAGCUCUUCCUGGUGGUCUAAAGUUGCUCCCACUGGAACAUGCUACGUGUGAAGCGACUCCCUGUUGGGACACCCAUCUUACUUAUAAAGGAGGGUGGUCUUUUUGUAGUCCACCAUCUGAUUAUAACACAUUACACUGUGAGGGAACUCCCACUGCAGGGAUGUUUCCUGUUCGGGCUUACUAUAUUUAUGCUUUGAGAGUAUAGCGCUAAUUGGAACACAUAUCAUGAUCUG